CUCGUACCCAGGGGACGCCGCGAGUGAUUCUGGGAACGACGCGGGAAAGCGCGCGCGUUGCAUUGUGGGCGGAAGUACGUCAUCAGACAACACGAUGGCGAUCCCCUUGUCGAGCAUCUUGCCAGCGCCGACCCAGCUGACCCGAGAGGAGGUAGACUACCGGGAGAGGCUCCAUGUUCCUCAGACACAGCUGAUGGUGGCGGGGAGGGGGGCGGCCCCUCCAUACGGGCACAGGCAGGGAUGGGUGCCUCGUUCUGCAGAGGACUUCGGCGAUGGUGGUGCGUACCCAGAGGUCCAUGUGGUGCAGUAUCCCCAGGACAUGGGCAGGAAGAAGGCCAAGGCUUCUAACUCACUGGCCUUACAGCUGGACGCAGAAGGCAAGGUCAAGUACGACGCUAUUGCCAGACAGGGCCAUGGGAAGGACAAGGUGGUGCACUCCAGGUUAACAGACAUGAUACCCAAACACAUCACUGAUGAGGAUGAUCCAGAACUACAGAGACCCACAGAAGAGGAUGUGGAGGAGACAACAGAGAAGACCAGACAGGCACUGGAGAAGCUGGUGGAGUCGAAGAUCUCGGCUGCCAUGCCGGUACGGAGGGCGGAGAAAACAGCGCCCGCACAGUACAUCCGCUACACACCGUCCCAACAGGGUGUGGCCUUUAACUCUGGUGCCAAACAGAGGGUGAUCCGGAUGGUGGAGAUGCAGAAGGAUCCCAUGGAACCUCCCAAGUUCAAGAUCAACAAGAAGAUCCCCCGAGGACCCCCCUCCCCACCUGCACCCGUGCUGCACUCACCAAACAGAAAGGUGACCGUGAAAGAACAGCAGGAGUGGAAGAUCCCGCCAUGCAUUUCCAACUGGAAGAACAACCGAGGUUACACCAUCCCGCUGGACAAGCGUCUGGCAGCCGACGGCCGCGGGCUGCAGGGGGUCCACAUCAAUGAGAACUUUGCCAAGCUGGCCGAAGCUCUGUACAUCGCCGACAGAAAGGCUCGUGAGGCUGUGGAGCUGCGUGCACAGAUGGAGAAGAAACUGGCCCAGAAGGAGAAGGAAAAGAAGGAAGAGAACCUGCGGCUUCUGGCCCAGAAGGCUCGAGAUGAGAGAGCAGGAAUCAGGACACAUGCUGCCGUUGACGAGGACAAGGAUGCAAGGGAGCGAGAUGCACUGCGACACGAGCGGCACAAGGACCGGCAGAGGGACAGAAACAUCGCCCGGGCGGCACCUGACAAAAGAACCAAGCUUCAGCGUGAAAGGGAGCGUGACAUCACAGAGAAGAUUGCCCUGGGUCUGCCCCAUGUCGGGGGUGGAACAGGAGAGACCCAGUACGACCAGCGACUCUUCAACCAGAGCAAGGGCUUAGACAGUGGGUUUGCAGCUGGAGAAGAUGAGAGCUACACAGUGUAUGAUAAGGCCUGGCGAUCGGGUGCCAACAUGGCCCAGAACAUCUACCGGCCCAGUAGGAACGUAGACAAGGACUUGUACGGGGACGACUUGGACAAAAUCAUCAACACCAACAGGUUCGUGCCUGACAAGGAAUUUAGCGGCACCGAUCGCAGCCGGCGGCGCGAUGGGCCGGUACAGUUCGAACGCGUGGAAGAAGAGGAUCCCUUCGGUCUGGAUAAGUUCUUGACGGAAGCUAAGAAGGCUCAGAAGCGCCCUGCCGACGAGGCAGGCCGGUCUAGGGACUAUGACUACGACAGGGGCAGGAAAGAGCGAAGAAAGGAGUAAAAACAACUGUUUAGAAUAUGUCAACACCUUUUUGUAGUGUUUGACAUUUCUAGCUUGUUAGUACAUUGUGAUUGCUUCCUAUGUUGUAGUUCCUCACCAGAACAUGUACAUAACAAGGGGGUUUAAAACAAUCAGAAGACAUCAAACUAUUGUAUUGUUUACGUUAUGUGUAUCAGAUCUUUCCAAAUGUGUCAUUUUGGAACACUUGUACAAGAAUACCCAUAUGACUAAUAUGGAAAACUGAUGUUUCGGAAACAUGUCGGUAGUACAUGUAUUUGUGUUGGCUGAUCUCCCUCCCUCCCCAGAAUGUAUAGCAAUUUUCAUGUCAGUAUAUAAAUAACACUACAAACUAUGUAAACUUUUAUCUCUGAUGUCACCAUGAAGCACUAGUUUUGAAGUUCUAAUAACACAAGGAUCUUGGUAGAUGAAUAAAUUUGUAUUUCCUAGUCAGGACCAGUAAGCAAAGCUUUUUCUUCUUCGUAGGCAUAUUUGUUCAUAUUAAUGAUUCUUUACGUAUCAUUAGAUCUACUUACACAAGUAAAUCAUUGUAAGUAUUAAAACAGGUCACACCAAGUUAUUUGAUACCCACAGUUGAGUAAAAGUUUUCCAUUAACAAAUUUACCCAUGUAAAUCUAACAUGACUUUUACAGAGAUAAAAUGCUAAGCUUUGACAAUGUUUAAUGUCUACAAAAGUUUGCAAGAAUUUUUUAGAGCAGAUUUCAAAUAUUGUGCUACUUGGCUACCCUUCAGCUUAAUUCUUUCCCAAAAGAAACUUUCAAGAACAGAUAAAUUGCUGUGGCCUUAGAGAUUGAUAUAACGUGUAAUUAGAGUAAACGAUCAAUGAAUACUGUGUAAUGCACUUAGUUUCUACUCCUACCUUUCUUACAUCUUAGUUGAAUAAACAAACUGGUCAUUA